AUGGAACAUAUGUGCCAGCUGGUGGAACUUAUAUACCACCAAACCCUCCAAGAGAAGCACCUGCACCAGGACUACCUAAAACAUUUACAUCGUCACAUGGACACAGACACAAGCAUGCACCAAAACCAACACAACAACCAACAGUUCAAAAUCCAGCACAACAACAACAACCAGCACAACAACCACCUCCACAACCAGCACAGCAACCAACAGUUCAAAACCCUGCACAACAACAACCACAAACAGAGCAAGGACAUAAAAGAAGUAGAGAACAAGGAAACCAAGAUUUCUUAA